UUGUUAUACGGCAUGCUCUCUGAGACUCUGACAUAAUCCGUGUAUGAGUCCAAUAUAACGUUUCCUAGUUGUAUCAUUGAGUGGAUCGUGUUUAGCCAGUCCGCUACAUUGACACUGUUCUGUCAAACUGAUACUUCGUGAACGUAGAUGUCGUGAUUCGCUUCGAUGAAUCGUCUGGAGUUCCGCUGAACUGUGAAGUCACGUCGCUCAUUGGCCAGUAUUAGUUCCUUUUGACUACUUCGGCUUCUGCUAUUGGCUGAGCCGCAGUCAGCCUGCCCGUGGACCCGCCUCAUCCCAACAAAACGGACAGAUUCUGAUUGAUAAUUUAAAGGCAGUCUUUCUGUUCAUCCUUCCAGUGCGCGUCUCCACCGUUUUUACACAAAGUGUUUCAGCCAGCCAGUCUUACCGCACGACCCAAGCGGACACCAAGCUCCCAGCGGUACCGGGUGAAGCCUCGGUGGCGUGAAGGCAGGUGUUGAGGACUGUCUUUCUCUCUCUGUCUCAUUCUGUUGUUCUGAGUCAUGGCGUCCUCCCUGCUCAGCAGGCAGCUGGUCCUCUCCCUCCAGCAGAACCUCAGGCUCACUGCACCAGGCUGCAGGUAUGUGAGUAAGGCAGCAGCUAAGACUCAGUUGGAGUUUGAAUACAAUGGGCCGUCCAUGAAGACCGAGGUCCCAGGACCCCGUUCCAAGGAGCUGACCAAACAGUUGGGAGAGAUGCAGAACGUGGGCGCAAUCAAUUUCUUCUGUAACUAUGAGGAGAGCAGAGGAAACUACCUGGUGGACGUGGACGGAAACCGCAUGCUGGACGUCUACACACAGAUCUCCUCUAUUCCUAUUGGAUACAACCAUCCCUCACUCAUUAAAGUGAUGUCCAACCCCAACAAUAUGAGUGCGUUUGUGAACAGGCCAGCUCUUGGGAUCAUGCCACCCGAGAACUUUCCGGAAAAGCUGGCAGAAAGCCUUCUCUCAGUUGCUCCUAGUGGUAUGAGCCGUGUUCAGACCAUGGCCUGUGGAUCCUGCUCCAAUGAGAAUGCAUAUAAAGCCAUGUUCAUCUGGUACAGAAAUAAGGAGAGAGGCCACAACAUCCCCUCUGAUGAAGACAUGAGCUCCUGUAUGAUCAACCAGAGUCCUGGCUGUCCAGACUUAAGCAUCCUGUCAUUUAUGGGUGGAUUUCAUGGCAGAACAAUGGGUUGCUUGGCAACGACGCACUCCAAGGCCAUCCACAAGCUGGAUGUGCCGUCAUUUGAUUGGCCGAUCGCUCCCUUCCCUAAACUGAAGUACCCUCUGGAGGAGUUCACACGGGAGAACGCACAGGAAGAGGCCCGCUGCCUGGAGGAGGUAGAGGACCUGAUAGUUCAGUGGCGUCAGAAGGGCCGGCCGGUGGCUGGGAUAGUGAUAGAACCCAUCCAGGCUGAGGGAGGAGACAACCACGCAACACCGGACUUCUUCAAGAAGCUACGGAACAUCGCACGCAAGCAUGGCAGCGCGUUCCAUGUGGAUGAGGUGCAGACAGGGGGAGGAACUACGGGGAAGUUCUGGGCUCAUGAACACUGGGGGAUGGACGACCCUGCUGACAUCGUCUCCUUCAGCAAGAAGAUGCUCACUGGAGGUUUUUACCAUAAAGACGAGCUGCAGGCAGACAAGGCCUACCGUAUCUUCAACACGUGGAUGGGGGACCCGUCUAAGAACCUGUUCCUGGCUGAGGUUCUGAACGUGAUCCGCCGAGAGAACCUUCUGGAGGAGGUGACCCGCUCUGGAAAGACUCUGCUACAGGGACUCUACCAACUACAGGACCAGUACCCUAACCUGUUGAGCAGUGCACGGGGACAGGGGACAUUCUGUGCCAUCGACAUCCGUGAUGACGCCACACGCAACAGCAUCAUCCUCAAAGCCCGGGACAAGGGUGUUCUGCUGGGUGGCUGUGGAGAUCGGUCCAUCCGGUUCCGCCCUGCUCUGGUGUUUAAAGAGCACCAUGUUCACAUGUUCCUGAACGUGUUCAGCGACGUCCUGGCAGAACACAACUAGAACGCUGCCCCCCGGUACCGUCCGUCCACACUGGACUGGGGCCAAAACACCAACAUAGGGCCGAGACCAACUGGGGACGCGGUGUAGGAGAGAGGGAAGCACGAGAGUCUUAACCUAUAACAGAGGUUCACACAGUAACACAUACACCUAAAAGGGAUGCUAUGGGAUUUUGGCAAUGAAGCCCUUUUUUUUUUCUCUCCUUCCCCAAAGUCAGAUGAUACUCGUGGAUACCAUUUUUUUUAAUGUUAUCUGUGUGCUGUUUGAAAGAAGUUGCCAACUAGCGCUAGCGCAAAUGCUAACUAGCGCUAGCGCAAAUGCUAACUAGCGCUAGCGCAAAUGCUAACUAGCGCUAGUGCAAUGACUGGAAACGUUGGCUCGUGAAACUACCUCUAACUUCCUUCAACCUGGACAAGGAGACAUACAACUGGUAUCCGGGAGUUCAUCUGACUCUGGGGAAUUAGAUAAAGGGACACAGAGACAUAAAACUGGAAUCCAGGAGUUUAUCUGACUCUGGGGAAGUAGAUAAAGGGCCUCGCUGCCACAAUCCCGAAGUAUCCCUUCAACACAUACUCAAACACACACACUUGAAUUUGUCCCAUUGCUCACGUGGCAGUCCUAGCAUUCCUCAUGUCCCAGUAAUGUCCUAAUGAUACGCCUGCAAAAAGGCACAAAGCACAAAACAUAGUCUUAUUUUAGGUCAUAUCACACAAACCCUCCAACUCCCUAACAGAUGAAGAAGGCACAGCGAGAUAUUUC